AUGUGGAUGUUAUCAGCUGGUGUACGUCCUUAUAAUAAUAAAUCUCAUGAUUCACAACUUAUACAAGAAAUCUGCUCGGGAUUAAGACCAAGUGUUAUUAGUGGGACUCCACCUGCUUUCGCUAGAUUAAUGUUACAAUGUUUGGAUGCUGAUCCAUCGAAGAGACCUACAGCAUCCCAACUUUACGAAUGGUUAGGAAACUGGGUUACAGCAAUCUGUGACGAUCCUGAAACUAAAUUUGUAAAUUUAGAAAAGUUAAACCUUAGGAAUUUACCAUGCCAUGAAAAUGCCAUUUAUUUCAGUCAUCAAUUAGUUUCACAAAUUUAG